CUGGUAAAGAGGAAAUUUCUGGAGCCCGCUUUCUUGAAUCCCAAGCCAUUGCGUAUUUCUUUAGGUUUUGUCGACUCGGAGAAGAAACUCAGAGCUUCUCUUUCUUCUGUUCUUCCCGCCAUUGCAGCUCAACGUUGAACACCUUCAUAGCUGAUUCACGACGCCGCGUUAGCUUCCAUCCACCGCACUUUUUCCGCAGCUUGAGUUGCUAUAGAGAAGCAAUAGUUGUGGCUGGUGGUUCUAUAAACCUGCUGUUUCCUUCCAAUGGCGGCGACGCCGUUAGUUGCAGGCAUUGCAGUUGCAGCAGCAGCAGUGGGAACUAGAAGUUUGAUUCAAGCAUGGCGAGCUUUCAAAGCCCGCCCUAUUGUACCUCGAGCAAGAAGAUUCUAUCCCGGAGGAUUUCAGCCUGAAAUGACCAGGAGAGAAGCUGCAUUGAUUCUUGGUGUAAGGGAACAUGCUGCAAUUGAGAAGAUUAGGGAAGCUCAUAGGAAGGUGAUGGUUGCUAAUCACCCAGAUGCUGGUGGAAGCCAUUACCUUGCUUCAAAAAUCAACCAGGCCAAGGAUCUCUUGACUGGCAACACCAAACCCUCCUCUUCAGCAUUCUGAAGGCCACAUUAUAUUUAUAUAUAUUGUCAAAUAAGUAAAUAUUUAAAAAAUUAAAGAGUUUAAUGUAUAAACAGAUUUAAAAUUUGUGGUAUGAAUGUGGAUGGUCUCCCUUUAUAUUUGCAAAUCUAAAAUUUAAUUUUUGUGUUUAUG